AGUUGUGCGAAAUAAUGGCUUCUGAAUUUAAUAAUGACAAUAAUGAAGAAUAGAAGAGAGAGAGAACUGGAACAUUUGCUAGUAUGGCGAUGAUGUUUGCAGUAGUGAAGUAAACAAUGGGAAAUGUUUAGCAUAACAUGUCAUAAUUUAAUUAUGUGGCAUGAGUUCGCCCGCCGUUCUGGUCUCCCUAUGCGUUAUUCGCAUUGAGAUUUGCGAUCCAGAGUUAGAAGAAACUGCUAGCACUAUGGCUGCAAGGAAGAUGAGAGGUCGCAGAGAGCCAAGGGAUAUUAAUAUCGAAACUUACACCAAUGUAACAGAAGACACAUCUCCAUUGUUGUCAGCCCAAGGCACGAGCAAGUCACAGUCAUCUUCGAGGGCUAAUUCCGAAGAGAUGUCAUUCGCAAAUACCAAUCACGUCGCCAGUUCCGGUUCGGGAGAGACAAUUGGUGCUACUGCGUGCACCUCACCUGAUCAAAUAAGCUUCAUCUCUGGAAAUCCCUUCGUUGAAGUUACAAAGGGCAUUCUGCAUCUCUUCAAGGAAGAUGAAUUGACUGAAAUGCGCUGCGCCGCGGACCGUAGUCACACCAUCUGCAUCUUGUCAGUGCCAGCGACCAUGACGUGUCAUGAUCUCUUGACCUUCACAGCAGCUUGUCACCAAGACAUACAACAUUUCAGGAUUCUCAGGGAUGGCAGUCCUAAUCAGUACAUGGCUCUGAUUACCUUCAGGUCAUCGAGUGCAGCAAGCGAAUUCUACGAAACUUUCAACGGUGCUCCUUACAAUUCCCUGGAGCCAGAUGUGGUUUGUCACAUGGUGUUUGUGUCCAAAGUCGAAGUGGGCGACAAUGGAAUGCCCCUGAGCGGGCACACGGAGUUGCCGUCGUGUCCCGUCUGCUUGGAAAGGAUGGACGAGAGCGUUGACGGAAUUCUGACGAUAUUGUGCAACCAUACCUUCCACUCUAGCUGCCUCGUCAAGUGGGGCGAUACUUCCUGUCCCAUCUGCCGAUACGCCCAGACGCCGGAACCGUUGGCUGACAGCCAUUGCAUGGAAUGUGUUGCAGAUGCCAGCAAUGACGCGUUGUGGAUCUGCCUAAUUUGCGGCCACGUGGGCUGCUCGCGUUAUCACCAGGGUCACGCGUUCGAGCACUACCAGGAGACCCACCACUGCUACGCGAUGCAGUUGGGCAACAACCGCGUCUGGGACUACGUAGGCGACAACUUCGUGCACCGAUUGUUGCAGGACAAGGACGGCAAAAUGGUAGAGGGUGGCCGCACUGCAGCUAAGAACGAGGGAGCUGCCAUGGAGGAGAAGGUCGACUCGGUGCAACUGGAAUUUACGUACUUGUUGACGUCGCAAUUGGAAACGCAACGGCAAUACUUCGAGGAGAGACUCAGUCGUUCGGAACAACGUUCCAUCACGGAGGUCACUGAGCUGAGGGACAAACUGGGAGAAGUGCUAGAGGACAACGCACAAUUCAAGAAACAAUUUGCAACGCUCAAUCGCGAUAAGCAGGCGCUGGAGAAACGUCUGCAGCACGCUACUAAUAAACUGACACAAGUGCAAGCGGAAUUAACAGAAGAGAAGGAUCUGAGAAAGGCGCUGCAGCUCAAUCAAACUUCAUGGCAGACGAAAUACAAAAAGUUAAAAGACGAAUUGUCUGAACUGAAGACCACUAAGGAAGCAGAGGUCACCGAUUUAAAGGAACAAAUUCGGGAUCUCAUGUUUUUCCUCGAUGCUCAAAAGCAGGUCGAGGAGUCCGCCGAUCGAGAUGAAAUCGCUGCCGGUCGUAUCGUUAUUCCUCCGAGUCCGAAGAGUGGAAAAUCGUCGGGAUCUCGAGGACAUAAAGGCCAUAAAAGGCAUUAACAUCAUAUGAAUAGAUAUCUAAAUUUUGUAUUUUUAAACUCGAAUGUUUUUCUUUCAAGAUUGCUUUCAAGAAUUCGUCAGUCUGUAAAAGGGAGAACGAAAUGUAAUACUUUGCGAAUUUUUAUUUAUACAAAUAAUUUUCAUAGAAAAUAUAAAUGCAAAUAUGACGUCGAAAUUAAUACUUGACACGAAAAAAAAAAAA